GAGAGCUUACCUGAAGCUUGUUCGUGGAUGGCCGCCAUGGCUGCUGGCUGGGGUAUUAUGGUGCUACCUUGUUCAACUAUAUUAACGAGCUCGUGCUCCGUUCUCAAACCACUAAAUUAUUUCAAGCUCACUCGCUUUCUACGUCCACGCGCUCAAAUCCCAAGCUUUUUUCGUGACACUAGUUUGACACCAGAUAGCCCAGAUUAGACAACUAUGGCUAAAGGCAGCGGACCCGCUAUUGGAAUCGACCUCGGAACGACCUACAGUUGCGUCGGAGUGUGGCAGAAUGACCGAGUAGAGAUCGUCGCAAAUGACCAGGGAAAUCGCACGACCCCGUCGUACGUCGCAUUCACGGACACGGAGCGACUCAUCGGCGACGCAGCGAAGAAUCAAGUGGCAAUGAACCCGAGAAACACGGUCUUCGAUGCUAAGCGGUUGAUCGGCCGUCGCUACUCCGAUCCGACAGUUCAGGCUGACGCGAAUCUAUGGCCGUUCAAGGUGGUUCGUGGUGCGUCCGACAAGCCGUUGAUCGAGGUGGAAUUUAAGGGAGAGGAGAAACGAUUCUCAGCCGAGGAGAUCUCAUCGAUGGUGCUGGUGAAGAUGAAGGAGGUAGCUGAAGCUUACCUUGGGACUACCGUGAACAAUGCGGUGAUAACGGUGCCAGCUUACUUCAACGAUUCGCAGAGACAAGCCACCAAGGACGCUGGCGCCAUUGCAGGACUAAACGUGCUCCGCAUCAUCAACGAGCCGACAGCAGCUGCUAUCGCGUACGGCUUGGACAAGAAAGGCAGCAGCAGCAGCGCAGGCAGCGGAAAGGAGAAGAAUGUCCUCAUUUUCGACCUGGGAGGAGGCACGUUUGACGUGUCGAUCCUGAGCAUCGAAGACGGGAUCUUCGAGGUGAAGGCGACGGCAGGAGACACGCAUCUGGGGGGAGAGGACUUCGACAACCGCCUGGUGAACCACUUCGUCCAGGAAUUCAAGAGGAAGCACCGGACGGACCCCAGUGGCAACCCCCGGGCUCUCCGGCGGCUCAGGACAGCGUGCGAGCGAGCCAAGCGGACGCUCUCAGCCACGGCACAAACAACGAUAGAGAUCGACUCGUUAUACGAAGGAGUCGAUUUUUAUUCUACACUCACACGCGCUCGCUUCGAGGAGCUCAACAUGGACCUGUUCCGGAAGUGCAUGGAGCCGGUGGAAAAGUGCCUGAGGGAUGCCAAGAUGGACAAGGGGCAGAUCCAUGACGUGGUGCUGGUGGGGGGGUCUACCCGCAUUCCCAAGGUGCAGCAGCUGCUGCAGGAGUUCUUCAACGGCCGGGAGCUCUGCAAGAGCAUCAACCCGGACGAAGCAGUGGCGUACGGCGCUGCUGUUCAGGCCGCGAUUCUGACUGGGGAGGGGAGUGCCAAGGUGCAGGAUCUGCUGCUGCUGGACGUGGCUCCGCUCUCGCUUGGGCUGGAGACUGCAGGGGGAGUGAUGACCACGCUGAUUCCCCGCAACACCACGAUUCCCACCAAGAAGCAGGAGAUUUUCUCCACGUUUUCAGACAACCAGCCGGGGGUUCUGAUCCAGGUGUAUGAGGGGGAGAGGGCCCGGACUCGAGACAACAACCUGCUGGGGAAAUUCGAGCUGGCAGGAAUCCCUCCUGCCCCUCGCGGAGUCCCACAGAUUACAGUCACGUUCGAUAUAGAUGCGAAUGGGAUCCUGAACGUGAGUGCAGAGGAGAAGGCGACUGGGAAGAGCAGCAGGAUCACGAUUACGAAUGACAAGGGGAGGCUCAGCCAGGCAGAGAUUGACCGGCUGGUGAAGGAGGCUGAGAAAUUCAGGGAGGAGGAUGAGCAGGUGAAGAAGAGGGUAGAGGCUAAGAAUGAGCUGGAGAAUUAUGCCUACCAUGUGAGGAACACAGUGAGGGAUGACAAGGUGGGUGGGAAGCUGAACGGGGAGGAUAAACAGAAGAUUGAGAGAGCUGUGCAGGAGACUGUGGAUUGGCUGGAGAAGAAUCAGCUGGGGGAAGUGGAGGAGUUUCAGGAGAAGCGGAAGGAGCUGGAGGGAGUGUGUUCGCCUAUCAUGUCGAGGAUGUACCAGGCUGGUGCAGGGGAUGGUUGCUGUGGGGCUCAGGGCGGUGGCUGUGGUUCUGCUGCUAGGGGAAAGAGUGGGGGAUCAAGUGCAGAGCCAAAGAUUGAGGAGGUGGAUUGAAUACUUUGAACAGAUUGAGGUGGAAGGAGGGAUGUCAUUAUGUACAUUGCGAAUGGCUGUAGCACUCGUGUACUGCUGUGCUACUUCUUUGUACUAUCCAAGUCCAAUAUGUCCAUUGAAAAUUAAUGAAUGGAGUCUAG